UGUCUAUGCUAUAAGAGUCAUAUUAAAUAUUAAUACUAUAGCCGUUUUAAGUUUUACGAUUUAAUUUUUUUAUUUCUAUUCAUAAUUCAAAUCAUAAGUUCAGUUCUCCAGCGUGUGAAACAAAACUUGAUUGUGACGUCCUCUUGAUAAAGUGAUGUAAUUAAAACAAAUUACGGCAGAUUACAAUAAUAUCUAACUACCUCAAUAAUAAUAAUAUUAUAAUUUGGCACUCGUACCUAUAAUAUUAUAAUAACGUCUAACGCGUAUAAACCCACGAUGACUCAACGAGCGUCCGGAUCCCUACCUAUAACUCGACGCGACGAUGAGUAUUUACAUAUUAUUAUAAUAUAAGAAGACUUGAUUUUUGUUUCACAAAACGCUCAGCCAAUUUAAUACCGCUCGACGUAUUCGUGGACUGUGGAGAUUCGUUCGCGCGCCACUAUCCAUCAUUGUGCAGUGCACCGUUAUUAGUUAUUAUGGUGUUCGCGACGUAUGGAUAUUGGCAAUGUUUCGUUUUACUUUUACUGUCAGUUAUCGCGUCACAAACAUAUGCUGCAGUCGCUCCGAGUAAAGAAGAAUGUUGGUGGACCGGAUGCCAGGCGAGCACGUGGGCCGUGACCGGAUGCGAUCAGUACAAUCGGACGCAGAAAAAUGUCAAAGUUUGCGACGGCGGUUCGGAAUAUUACUGCUGUCCGCCCGACCUGGACGUAGAGCCAGCCGAAGACUGUUGGUGGACUGGGUGUCAGCCGAACAACUGGGCGGUCAAGGGCUGCGACAACUUCAACAGAACUGAAAGAGAGCGGACGGCGUGCGAGGAGGACGGCUUCAAAUACGAAUGCUGCAGUGCUCAUGACACCGCCGAUUCGGACGAAAACCGUUGGUCGUCAGGGUUAGGUUAGGGUUAGGUUACUAUAAUACUAGGGCACCCCUAUGUCAGAAUUUUCCACAGUAAAUUAUACCAUAGUUAGUAACUGAUUAGUAACCACCCGUUUCUACAAAUUCGGAAUUCAUUACUUGAUUUUCACCAUGGAAAAUCCAUUUUUCUUCCUGGGGUGCUGCGGUAUCGGUACACCAGCAUCCCCCUUAAAGGGAAGUGCAUUUAUUGAAAUUAUUAAAGUAUAGAAACAAAUUUUAGUAACCAAUUAGUAUCAUUCGUAACCACAAAUUCGGAAUUCAUAACUUGAUUUCCACCUUGAAAAUCCACUUUUCUCCUGAGGGUGCUGCGGUAACGUUACGAAUGUGGUAUAAUGCUUAUUUUUUUUUUAACGAUUUUCUUAAAAAGACAUAACCUGUUAUAAUUCACUUAAUUAAAAGUUCAGUUUUUUUACUGUCAUCUGAAAAUGUAUCAAAUAAAUAUUUUAUCGACAUCGUACCUAAUAACAAAUAUUGUCAAAUACGUUUCUCGUUUUGCUUUAAAUUUGAAAUAUAUUUUCUAACAUAAUUUUUUCUUACAUAGGGAUCUUAAUUGUUAUUUUACUGUAGGAUGAUCCUAUAGGAGAUGCUAUAGGAUAAUCUACGUCCUUAAAUCAUAGAUAAACCAAACCAUGUGAAAAAUCCCUUUGUAUGUAUUCUAUAUGAAAUAAAAAUUAUAAUAAAUAGUGCUCUUCACUGUUAAAAUAUAAGUAAUAAUAAAAAGUUAUUCCUUCUAGUUCAAUCUAAAAUUGAUUAACAUAAAACAUUUUACUGCAUUAAAUUUGCAAAUUAGAACUUUAAUAUCUAUUUUUUUUAAGGAUUUAUGUUUUGAAUUUUCAUUUUUGUGUCAACAUAUAAUUCCCAUUUCUGAUUUGACCUACAAGAACACGCAGGAUAGUAUCCAACUGCACUUCGAAGACUACUUCUAUAGUUCUACACUUCUAUCACUGCCAUGAAAAUGUAUAACACUUGUUAACUUAUACAUGUUUUCUUUUAAUAUAAUAUGUUUUUCUGUUGA